AUGGCUAGAGUGUUCUGCAUGAGCGAGGCCGGGUUUUUGCAACACAAAGCACGCGUACGCAUCAGUAACGAUUUGGGUGAAGGUAUGGACCUUUCAGUGCACUGUGUGUCAGGGGAGGAUGACCUUGGCACCCACCUUAUUCCCUAUCAUUCUGGUUACUACGAAUUCGGAUUCAGGCCCAACUUCCAGGGGACUACGCUUUUCCACUGCGGCUUUCAAUGGAAUGAUGUGUCCCAUCAUUUUGAUAUAUACAUCGCCAAUAGGGAUCAAAAGCAUUGCACCCUUUGUUUGUGGAACAUUAAGGCAGAUCAUCCUUGUAUGCUUAAUGAAGAGACUAGCUGUACUAAUUCACUAUGGCAUCAGACGCACACCCCUGGACGCAAUAUGAUCAGCGACGGGUCUGAGGAAGGAUACCAGGUUCCCAUUAACAUGGUCAGAAGCCAGCUUUGA